AUGGACAAGCAAAUUUCGAACUUGAGUGAUGAAGAUAAGUUUCUACUACGAGAAACCUGGGCAUCCAUGAAUAGGAAUAUUCAAAAGAUUGCUGUUAAUAUCUUUGGAAUGAUAUUUGAGGAAUGUCCUGAUGCUAAAUCUCUAUUUCCAUUUACGGAUAUUUCGAAAAAAAAUAGCGACUUCAUCAAAUUCCACUCACUACGUUUUAUGCAGGCAAUUGAGAGUGUUCUUCUUGCUGUGAAUGACAUUGAUACAAUCGGUCCAUUACUUACGAAUCUCGGCCACGUACACGGAAAGCUAGAAGAAAGAGUUAAUUUCAAAACCGAAUAUUGGAAUGUUUUCCGUGAUUGUACGCUAUUUCAUUUCAAACGAGCACUAACUAAGAACCACGCAAUUACUAAAAUUCAACAAACGCUUUCCAAAAGGAUUCAGUCGAAAAUUGAUAUGAAUUAUGUUAUUAUGUUAUGGCAGAUACUCUUAGACUUUAUGAUUGCUGAAAUGACCCGAUCUUUUAAUGAAGAAGUUCAAGCCAGAAAAAUGAGAAUGGGAAAGAGACAUCUGAAGGAUGAACGCGAUGAAAUGUUGAAGAAAAAACGAGCCGAAAUGUAA